AUUGAAUGCACCACCAUUAAAAACAAUUAAAAAGAUUUAAAAUAGAAAUAUUUAUUUGUAGGCUUUCAUUCAACAAAUAUUGAUCGAAAAAGUACGAAAAUUUGUUUUUUACAACUUUUAAACUGAGGGACAAUUAAAAGCGACAAAAGAAAUGCGAAGUUUAUGAUUUUUUAAGCCAAAAAUGGAUAAGUUGGAUGAAUUGUUAAGCUAUCCUAGAAUAACCCGACGUAAAGAAGAGAAAGAGGACUGUCCUAUUGCAAAAAAACGUGAGAAAACGUUGAAAAAGCGGAAGGUUGCUGCUAUUCUAAGAAAAUGUGAAACUUUAAGAACAAGCGACGAACAAAAAUAUUUAGAAGAACAUCCUGAUGCAUUUAAGGAAGUUAAUGAAAGAAAAAAGCGCAUUGAAAAGUAUAAAGACAGAGCACUUGAAAAAGAAGAUAAAGCAGAGACGAUUGAACUGAAAGCUAAGAAAUUAGCAAAUGUCAUUGCAAAUGCUAAACAUUUGAUAGUUUAUUCAGGAGCUGGUAUCAGCACAUCAGCAAAGAUACCAGAUUAUCGUGGUUCUCAAGGAAUUUGGACUUUAUUACAGAAAGGAGAGGAAAUUGGCGAACACGAUCUUUCAUUGGCAGAGCCAACGUUCACUCACAUGGCGCUCUAUGAACUUCAUAAGAAAAAUAUUUUGAAAUACGUUGUGUCACAAAACUGCGAUGGUCUUCACCUCCGAUCGGGUCUUCCGCGCUUUUCUCUUUCAGAAGUUCACGGCAAUAUGUACGUAGAAGUUUGUAAGCAUUGCAAACCGGCUCUUGAAUAUUGGAGAAUAUUCGAUACAACGCCAUUGACAUCACGCUUCCAACAUAAGACAAAUAGACGUUGUCGAAUUUGUGCGAAUCCAUUGAUAGACACAAUCGUUCACUUUGGUGAGAGAGGAUCAUUAAAGUGGCCACUUAAUUGGAAUGGCGCAACAAAAGCUGUUGAGAAAGCAGACGUCAUUCUCUGUUUAGGAUCAAGUUUAAAGGUUUUGAAGAAAUAUCCCUGGCUUUGGGCUUUGGAUCGACCACAAAAGCAAAGACCAAAAGUUUUCAUUGUGAAUCUUCAAUGGACACCGAAAGAUUCAAUUGCUUCCUUAAAAAUCAAUGGGAAAUGUGAUGAAGUCAUGACGAUUGUCAUGAAACAUUUGAACAUUGAUGUACCGCAGUAUAAUCGAUCUCAAGAUCCAAUUUUUCAUCAUGCUUCAUUAUUGAAAGAAGAAGAACUUCAUACAGCAUCUCAACCAAUGUUAAAAGCUUUCAUCUUUAAAGGAGAAGAAACGAGCGAGUUGGAUGAAUCAAACACAGGAACUUACAGUUCCGAGAAGCAAACUUUAUCAGCUGAAUCUGAAGAUUCAAAAUCACAAAUGGAUGUGAUAAGAAACUUCAGUUGCAUUAAAAGUGAGAAAUGCCAGAAGAAUGACUUUGACGUUGUUCACAUGGAGACGUCGGGAGAAAUUGAAAUAAAAGCUGAAGAUGGUAAAGUGAAUAUUAAAGAAAAUAUCACAGAAGUUCUUGACUUAACACAAGAUGAUGAGACUGAGAACGUCAUUACAACAAAUGGUCACAAUGGAACCAAACAAGAGACAAAACGAGAAGUGAUUGACUUUGAAGAACUCAUUGAUAAUCUUGAUAUGAAAGUGACAGCUAAGAAUGAAGAAAAUGAGACAAUAAAGGAAGAAAUUAAGAAAGAAAAUGACGAACAACAAGAAGAAUCUUUAGAGACAAAUAAGACGAUGAUGACGAAUGAAUUUAUUCAACAAAAUCAAAAUCUCAUCGACAUGGCACUUUUGAACAACAGUUUACUUACAGCAUCAUUAGCACUCGCACCUGUCAGCUCAACAUCAAGAGAAACCCUUACAGCGACUGCUCUUAUUCUGAAUUAUAAUAAUCAGAUCAUAAAUACAUUAACGAACAACUUAAAUCUUUUGCCUUACAAUAAUGCCCAUAAUGGAAGCGCCACGAGUCUUCAUACGAUUGUUAAUCUUCCACCAGAUGAUGCGAAUCUUUGGAAAAGCAGCGAUGAAGAAACGCAACAAAAGAAGAAAUUGAGAAGUUCAACAGCAGCUGUACGACGGGCUGCAAAAGCUGAAUGUAAGUUCUGCUGGGAACAUUAUGAACAAAUGGAAUGUCAAUUCUAUAAGCCAAUCAAUCGAGAGUUCAAAAUAUCAACUUUUCGGAAUAGCAAGCUCAUUGUUUGUGAAUGUUGUGAUUAUACGGAAGAUGAAGAAGAACAAAUCGAGGAUGAUAUAACAAAACUUAAUAAUGAUGAUCGAGAGAAGCAAGGUGUUGUGAUUAGAGCUGGAUGGUUUGGAAAAGUUCUGAGUAUUGCAUCAGAUGAAACUAAAGCAGGACAAUGCAAAGCAGUUGCUUUAAUUCAAUUGUCAAAAUUUGAUGAAGCUUUGAAGUUCAUUGAAAAGAGUAACUUAGGUCAAAGAUUGAUCUUUGAAAAGGCAUAUUGCGAGUAUCGUCUUAAUAAAUCCGAAGUCUCUUUAAAAACAAUAGAAAGUGCCAAUUUAGAUCCACUGCCAGCUAAUUUAAAAGAGUUGAAAGCUCAAGUUCUUUAUCGUUUAGAGAAAUUCGAUGAUUGUUUUGAUUUGUAUAAAGACAUCAUUAAGAAUUCCAGUGAUGAUUAUGAAGAGGAAAGAACAACAAACUUGUCAGCCGUCAUUGCAAAUAUGUCAAUAGAAGGAAGUAACAAGAAGCUUCCAGAUCUUGGUGAAAAUACUUACGAACUUGUCUACAAUCAUGCAUGCGCAUUAUCAGGAACAGGAAAGUUCUCUGAAGCUGAGAAGCGUUUGAAAACGAGCGAUAAAAUGUGCCGUGAGUUCCUCGAAGAAGAUGAUUCGAUGACUGAGGAAGAUAUUCAGAAUGAAUUGGCAAUCAUUCGAGUUCAACUUGCUUAUUGUCUUCAAAUGCAAGGAAGAAGCAAAGAAGCUUCAGCGAUCUACGCUGAAACAUUGAAAAACAACCCAAACGACGUUGCUUUGAUUGCUGUCGCAUCUAACAACGCCGUUGUCAUUAACAGAGAUCAAAAUGUUUUCGACUCGAAGAAGAAGAUUCGAAAUGCGAUGAUCGAUGCUGUUGAACAUAAGCUGAACAGUCGUCAGAAGAAAAGUGUUGCUGUCAAUAAUUGCAUCUUAGCUUUGUUCACUAAGCAAGGUGAUCUUGGACAAUUGGUUGGCAAGCUCAUCAACAAGUAUCCUGACUUAGAAUACAAAGCGAAUCUUAUCAAAGCUUGUCAAUACGCUAAUGACAAGAAGUUUAGAGAAGCGAGUGACAUUCUGGAGAAGUUCACAGCCAAAAACCCGAAAUUCUCUUUCGAAGUGAAGUUUGCUGUUAUUCAGAUAAAUUUGAUGGCUGGUAAUCGAAGCAAAGCCAUUGAAGUGUUGCAAUCACUUGAAAGUGAUAAGAAAUUCAGCCCUGGAGUUGUGUCAGCUUUAGUAUCACUUUAUUUGGGCAACAACGACAAGUCUGCAGCUUCUGAAAUUCUUAAAGUUGCCGUUGAUUGGUAUAAGAAGAAUAAAACAAAUGUUGGUGACUUAACUGACAUGUGGCGACAGGCAGCUGACUUCCAUCUUCGUGGAGGGGAAGCAGAAACAGCAGCAAAGAGUUUGGAAGAGUUAUUCCGAUCAAACCCAUCGGACAUGAAGAUUCUGGCACAACUCGUCAUUGCUUAUGCUCAAUUCGAUCCCAAGAAAGCUCAAGACGCAUCGAAGAAGCUUCCGGCUCUUGAGACUCUAACAACUCAAGCUGAAAUCGACGAACUUGAAGCGACUAAUUGGAUGAUGAUAGCAAAAGCUGUCAAAAAGAAGACAACGAAAGCUGAUCAAUCACCAGGCACGCCAGGAAGCGAAGGAGCGCAAAAGAAAAUCAAAAAACGUAAACGAAAGAACAAACUUCCAAAAAAUUACGAUCCAAAUGCUAAUCCUGAUCCCGAACGGUGGCUGCCGAAACAGGAACGAACUGGUUAUCGUAAGAAGAAAGAUCGGAGAGUGAAGGAAGUCAUGAAAGGUUCGCAAGGAACAUCAUCAGGUCAAGCUGACAUGUAUGACAUGACGAAAGCUCAGAAUCUUGGUACGAACAUAAAAACUCCUGUUCGUGAAGAGACUGCACCAGGUCCCCGUCAACAACAACGGAAACAUCAACAAAAGAAGAAGAAGGGAAAACAUUAAAAUUGUUCUCUAUUUUUAUUAAUUAUAUUACUUUUUUAAUUUGCAUAGGAAAAAACUUUGCAUUGGAAUAUAAAGUUAUGGUUGAAAGCAUUUAA